AUGGUUAGUUGUUCAUUGUUCCUUGUUGCUUCUGUGGCAACAACUAUUAUGGCACUUUGUAUUGUCCUUGCCAAUUGUCAUGAAGAAACCAAUACUAGAAAUAUGACUCUUGAAGCUCAGCUUCAGAACAAGAGAACUGUGUCAUCCGCCAUGGAUGGAGGUGGAGGUGGAGGUGGAGGUGGUGGGGGGUAUGGAUGGGGCUGGGGCAGUGGAGGUGGAGGUGGAGGUGGAGGAGGUGGUGGUGGGGGUGGUGGUGGUGGUGGUGGAGGUGGUGGUAGCAAGGGUAGUGGAAGUGGAAACAAUGGUCAUGGUGGUGGCAAGGGUAAUGGAAAUGGAGGUAAUGGUACUGGUGGAGGAAGCGGAGGCAAUGGUAGUGGAAGUGGCAAAGGUGGAGGUGGUGGAAAUAGUGGAGGACCUGGAGGUAAAGGUGGAGGAAGUGGAGGCAAUGGUAGUGGGAAUGGUAAUGGUGGAGGUGGUGGAAGUGGGAAUGGUGGUGGCAAAGGUGGAGGAAGUGGAGGCAAUGGAAAUGGGAAUGGCCAUGGGAAAGGAAACGGAGGAAAUAGACGUGGAAGUGGAGGAGGUGGCGGUGGUGGAGGAGGACAAGGAAGCGGUAGAGGCAGCGGUGGCGGUGGUGGAGGAGGUGGUGGUGGUGGUGGUGGCAAUGGUGAAUGCAAGGGCAAAUGCGGAAGGAACAAACAUGGAGGUGCUUGAAAUUCAUGCUUGCUUGCUUGCUUUCUAUGUUUCUACUCGUUUAUUGCUAUACAUUUCAAUUUAUCAGUCAUAGCUUUUAUUAUAUUGAGGAAGUGAUUUUGAGAGUUUUGUGUUGAUUAAAUAAUCAGUGUGAAGUUUUAUUUUACCUAUAUACUAAGAGUUGUAUUAUGAAUAAUUUGAGAAAUUGUUGGAGCUAAUGUUCAUGAGAUCAAUUCUGAAAUGUAAGGUUUGGAUUCUGUA